GUCAGAUAAUCCCGGCGGGCCUCGUGCUCCUACUAACUUGCGAGCAGGGCUGAGCGCGAGUCACAAUCUGCCCAAGGCGAGGGAGGGCAAGAAAAACGCGCGAGAGGAAACCGACCGAACGAAUAGGGGACACGAGCGCUCCGAUCUCACCGAGCACAAUUAGAGAAGGGUUGUUGAACGUGGGCUAUGCGCGCAACAAGGGGGGAGCGCAGUGUACAGAGGAGCUGAAUGCAUGUAGAGGCUCAGCUUCAGAUUCACAGCCUCCUUCUUGAAGAGUCACUGCACUGACAGAGGAAAGGGGUGAGGGAAGCGAGGAACUCCUAGAAAACAGCAACUCUUGGAGAGAACAACGUGAGUACAGCUUACAGUUUUCACAACAAAAAAAGAGGAUAGAGUGAGAGAAAAAAGCGGAAGAGUAGACUUUUCCUGUUCAGAAUCUGUUCUAGAAGAGAAAAUGAAUGUCAGCGAAGAGAACCUGCUCAAGUCCAUCAGCAACGACGCGCUCCUAGACCUGACGCAGCGCUACGGCCAAUCAGCCUUCGGGUUUGGCGCUGGCCAUGGUGCUGGAAGUCCCGGCCGGUUCCAGCUCACACCGGCCACCGACUUCCUCUCCGGGCAGACAGCGAAGUCUAACGAGAGCGGCGGGGAGCACACAAGCGACGACGAGGACGGCUUCGACUCGCUGGAGUCCCGGAAGAGGGGCUCAUCGUUUGGGGACGACAAGCCCGGGGGACCACUCGGCAAGAAGUCCAAGGAGCAGCGCUCCCUGCGACUCAGCAUCAACGCCCGGGAGAGGAGGAGGAUGCAUGAUCUGAACGACGCCCUGGACGGCCUGCGCUCUGUUAUCCCCUACGCCCACAGCCCCUCGGUGAGAAAACUCUCCAAAAUAGCCACUCUCCUCCUGGCCAAGAACUAUAUCCUCAUGCAGGCUCAGGCCCUGGAGGAGAUGAGGCGGCUGGUGGCGUAUCUGAACCAGGGACAGACCAUAACUUCACCAAUCCCCACCGCCCUGGCGCCCUUUGGACAGGCUGCCGUCUACCCAUUCUCGGGCUCUGCACUCGCCACCUGUGCCGAAAAGUGCACUACUUACUCCGGGACACCGUCGAGUCUCUUCAAACACUGUAACGACAAGCCUUGAUCUGGUUUCAUUCUCUUUUCCUGAACUUUUACCUUUACUGCACCCAUGUCGGUCUCUCUCCCACUCUAGUUAUUUUGAAAUCAUUCUGUGAAAAAUAAAACAAGUUUAGUCUGAUGCAUAAUCUUAAAGUAUGGUUAAGUAAUUAUACUGCAAUGUUUCGUCCAGAUUUAACAAACGCUACAUAGAAAAUAAACAGUUAAGGCCUUCUUAUACGAUAAAGUCAAAAACCCUGUCACUUUGUCGCUCGUACUUUACAGACACAGCAGGCCAUCUCCAAAUUUUGAGUUUGGGUACAUUUUUAGUUAAGUUAUCAGCUCUUAUUUGUAAUCUAUGCAACAUUCAACAACAACAUGAAACGUAGAAAUGCCAAGAAAUCUGACCUAAUCUCGAUUUUUAGAUUUAAUACAGCAUUAAUGAAAGGACUUCCCUUGACUGACUAUACUGAUGCUAUGUGGGGGGAAAUGUGAUGUUGGCUGAUAUAUUGACUGAUUUACCGAUGUGUUGACAAGUUUUUUUUAAUUUUAAGUUAUUGCACAUCUCACAUGAUUGUAUUGUACAACUGUGGAAAAUCACUUGCUCCAAGCCCGGCUAUACUAACGAUUAUACAGCCUAUACAUUGAAGACGCAUUUUUGGUUGUGUUGCAACAUGGAUUUCAUAUAUUGUUUAUAUGUCUUUAUAAUUAAAACACAUAUCUAUGCUUGGA